ACCGUCGCUUUUCGGAUAGUUUGAGUCGCGUUCAUGUGUAUGAAUAAACGACAGUUUGGCUGUAUCACAUUUAACCAAACCAGUUGAAGGGGAAUUUCCAGCAUUGCGGCUGUUUUCAAUACUUUAAAAAGCGUAUUUCCGUUCUUCAUUUCGAGACCUCCUGCCUGCCGCUGAGUGUCAUGUGAUCUGAGACCGCUGGAGUGGAGUGGAGUGAGUCCGCGGAGGUUGGAGACCCCAUCGGUGUUGAGUAUGAACGCGCGUUCUCUUCAGUGUGGGUGGAGAUGACUCCAUCAGCACCAAUAGGAAUACAUCAAUGUUCUCUUCAGGAAGUAAAUGUGGAUUAGGAAUGGGAGACUUUUGAGCAACUGUUUGUCUGGAUUCUAACCAGCCCGUGUAGCGUGAGGUGGCUCAGAGUCUGGUCACAGCUCAUCCUCCUGUUAGGGCUGCCUGGGGGCUAAACGCCUGGCUGAGGUUGAUGCUUGGCUGGGCAGGCCUCUGGUGUUGGGUUGCUGGGGUGAUGGUUGCCGUGUGACCCUCACCAUGCCGAUUGAUGCCUCCUCUGUGCUCUACAUCCUGCUGGAGCUCCUGAUCGCCCUGUUCUCUGUGCUGGGCAACCUGCUGGUCUGCUGGGCCGUGGCGCUCAACAGCAACCUGCAAAGCAUCACCAACUUCUUCGUGGUGUCGCUGGCGGUGGCGGACAUAGCGGUGGGCGUCCUGGCCAUCCCCUUCUCCAUCGCCAUCAGCACGGGCUUCUGUUCCAACUUCUACGCCUGCCUGUUCAUCGUGUGCUUUGUGCUCGUGCUCACACAGAGCUCCAUCUUCAGCCUCCUGGCCAUCGCUAUCGACCGCUACAUCGCCAUCAAGAUCCCACUCAGGUACAACAGCCUGGUGACGGGGCAGCGCGCCAAAGGCAUCAUCGCCGUGUGCUGGGUCCUCUCGGUGGUCAUUGGCCUCACGCCAAUGCUGGGUUGGCACAAAGUGAACUCCGAGAUGGCCGCCAACUCCAGCUGCUCGGAAGGCAUGAUGCACUGCCUGUUUGAGGAGGUGGUGGUGAUGGACUACAUGGUCUACUUCAACUUCUUUGCCUGUGUGCUGGUACCCCUGCUCCUCAUGCUAGGCAUUUACCUGUGCAUCUUCAUGGCGGCCCGGCGCCAGCUCAAGUGCAUCGAGCAGAAGGCGGUUUCGUGCGAGCACAGGUCUCGCUCCACGCUGCAGAGGGAGGUCCAGGCGGCCAAGUCUUUGGCCAUCAUCGUGGGUCUGUUUGCCGUAUGUUGGCUCCCGCUGCACAUCAUCAACUGCUUCACGCUGUUCUGCCCGCAGUGCGCGCACGCCCCCGACCUUGUCAUGUACAUCGCCAUCCUCCUCUCCCACGCCAACUCGGUGAUCAACCCCUUCAUCUACGCCUACCGCAUACGGGAGUUCCGCCACACCUUCCGUCGGAUCGUCCGCCACCACGUCCUGGGCUGCUGCGAGCCUCUGCCGAGCAUGAGCGAUGGCAGCACACGGGCGUCGACCCGCACCAGCGUCGCUGACACCUGCAGCCUGAAAGUCAACGGCCGUGACCUCUACGUGGAGCGCAGCAGCAGCAGCAGCAGCUGUGAAAGCACUGAGCCAGCAGAGGGUGCUAGACCUGACCCAGACCAGCCCUGGACAGAGCCCGGCCCACACUGGCCUCCCCUCAUGGCCCCUGCCAGCGGAGCUACACAAGCCAGCAUGUUGCUGCAGUCCAGGAACAGCAGACAGGGCGGUGCUCUUCCCCCCACUCAGGGCAUCCUCCAGCUCCACCCCUACACCUAACCAUAACCCUGACCUGAAU